UAUGAAUAUAUAAAUCUAUGUGAGCGCUGAAGCCCAGCAGCACACCUCUCUCUCUCUCUUUCUCUCUCUCUCUCUCUUCAGCUCAUCAUGGCGGACGCCAGCAGCAACCACGUCCACGUUUUGUUCUCCUUUUCCGUGUUUUCUCGUCCGUCUUCGGUGCCGCUGGGCUCCGGGUACGAAGUGCUCGUCCAGAAGUUUCUCUCCAUUUACGGCCCUCAGAUCGACGUCCAUCGCAAAUUUCUCAUUCAGGUGUUCUCGGAGGAAUGGGGACAGUACGUGGACCUGCCCAAGGGAUUUGCCAUAUCGGAGAAAUGCAAGCUGCGAUUAGUUCCUCUUCAGACGGAUAUCACUACACUGGGCAACCUUUCUCCAGCCACCACCAUUUUCUUCUGCUGCGACAUGCAGGAACGUUUCAGGCCUGCUAUCAAGUACUUUGGUGACAUUAUCAGCGUAGGCCAAAGACUGCUCCAGGGUGCUCGUAUUUUGGGGAUCCCUGUCAUCGUGUCAGAGCAGUACCCUAAAGGCCUGGGCAGCACUGUACAGGAGAUGGAUCUGACCGGGGCCAAGCUGGUCUUCCCCAAAACCAAGUUCUCCAUGGUACUGCCAGAGGUGGAAGCUGCCCUGGCUGAGACUCCAGGAGCCCGAAGCAUUGUGCUUUUCGGAGUAGAGACUCACGUGUGCAUCCAGCAGACAGCCCUGGACCUGAUUGGGAAGGGGUUUGAGGUGCACAUUGUAGCCGACGCGACGUCUUCCCGAAGCAUGAUGGACAGAAUGUUUGCACUAGAGCGGCUCGCACGCACCGGCAUCAUCGUCACCACCAGCGAGUCGGUCCUCCUGCAACUCGUGGCGGAUAAAGAGCAUCCGAAGUUCAAAGAAAUCCAGAACAUCAUUAAAGCCAGCGCUCCUGAGUCAGGCCUGCUCUCUAAAGUCUGAGCGACGUGAGGCGCUAAACUCACUCCACUGUUGGCUUCAUUUAAAUAUGUCCUCCUUUUUGCAGAAAUGCUUCAGCUGUGAUGGGUGUGUUGAAGUUGUUAAAGUUAUCUCAUAUAUUCAAAACCGUUCCAAGCUUGUAUUUAUAGACGGUGGUGGAUUUCUCUCUCUCUCUCUCUCUCUCUCUCUCAGCAUUUCCUCUUAGAUGUGCCGUGCAAUAAACCUGGUUAGUCCAGCGUGUUUAUUCAACGUUUAACGGAUUUCUUGCUUCGUAAACCAAGCGAAAUCUACGGCCAUUUAAAUGUUAAAUGAGCGAGUUCAAUGGGUUCUGUUGCUCGUCAGGACAUUGCUGGAAGUGUGAAUGUAGCCACUCUGGCAACCGUAACAGCCUGGAAGUGUACUCUUUACCUUCUGUUUUCUUUUCUUUUCUUUCUAAGCUUUAAGAAUACACACAAUUUCACAGAAACCUCUGAUUUCCCCUGCCUACAAAAUACAUUUAACAUGUACAGAAAAUGCGGUAAAAGUCGCAUUCAAUACACCGUAAUCCAACACCGUCAUAAAUAAACCUAGAGUAGAAGAUCCCAAGCCGUAGACUAACCUCUGUGACUGGAACAGAAGGUCUAAUUAGGAGAUGAAUAAUAAGCCACUGGAGCAUGAGGACCUGCACUGCAAUACGCGUCUGUACUGAAUUAUUAACGUAAUGUGUGUAGUUUCCGUAGCAUUUUGCUCGAAUAGGGCUAUAAAUAACGAUCAAAAUGUAUGUUCUGUGUAUCUCUCACUAAACCGUGAUCUGUAAACAUGUAACAUGCGUGUUUUGGGUUUUUUUUGCCUCUUUUUAUCUUAAGCUCUAUAUGUUGAAGUCUGCUUAAGAAAAAGCAGACUACCUCUCAUUUGGUCAAACUUCAGAAUAUGUUACAAGCAAUUAAUUAACAUGCUUAUAAAUCAUGUGAAUGUUAAUAGGGCAGAAAUGGCACUAAAUUAUUAAUAGGUCUAGGAUUAGGUAUUGGUGAAGGUGUUAUGUUAAUUCUUUAUUUUAGAUCUUUAGUUCAUUUGAUGUGGAAAAUUGUUCAACCCUAUGGAGUGGGUUAUAUUUAAGGAAUUUUUGUAUUUAUUUUGAAUUAUAUUAAAUAUUUUUUGUUGCUUUGUUGUGUAUUUGAAACUGUUUGUGUGUAUUUUUCCCCCCCAUCCCAAAUUUUCAUGUUUUCUGAGCGUCUUUAUGCCCAAAUCUUUCGAAACUGCACUGGCACUGAAUUGCCCCUUAAGGUUUGUACGAGUGUGUGUGUGUGUGUGUGUGUGUGAUUACUUUUUGACAUUCUUUUUGUUUGCGUGUCAGAUCUGGUAUCAUGUCUGGAUACACCUGAUCUUAUCUCGUGGACAAAAAGACAUGCACACAGCAUUUUAUUCUAUAAUUUCUGGGAAGAUUGUGCUUUUUAUUUGUUUAUUUUUUAAUGUCAUGGAAUAUACUGUAUCUGGGGAUUUCAGCAGAUUUUCAUGAUGUAUAGGUGAAAGCAAAUCUAAAGAAAUAUAUAUAUAUAUAUAAAUAUAUAAAUAAUAUAGUUACUGAUGAUAUUUUUACACACAUGUAUUGCCGAACUAGAAUUUAAUGCAUACGUAAUGUUUUUGGUUAUUGUAUAGAAAAACAGGAAGCAUUCAGUCAUGGAUAUUAUGUGAUAUAGGGUGUCCUUCAUUCUUAUAACUUUUCAUUUAAAAGGCAGAUGAUUGUCAAACCGAGGAGUGAUGAUUCAGUACUUAUUAUUACUAUUAUUAUUAUUAUUACUCCUCAAUAAAAAUGUAAAAAUAUACGUGUGCCUUCCACUUUAUUAGGAACACUUGUUCAAGCAGCUCGAUACAAAAAUCACAGAUACAGGUCCAGAGCUUCAGUUAAUGUUCACAUCGAACAUCAGAGCAAAGUUGGUGGGAAAUAUGAAUGGCUGUUUUUUGUUAUUCCAGAAACUGCUGAGAUUUUCACACAACAGUUUCUAGAGUUGACUCUCACUUUUUACAACCAUGAUGAGCAGAAGAGCAUGGCAAAAUGCACAAAAUGUCAAGCCUUGGGGUAGAUGGGCUACAACUAUAAUCUGAACUUUAAUGUGAAAAUGAACUGAAGCUCCUGAAGCAUUACUCUGCUGCCACAUUAUUAGAUAUCUGCAUGAAAUUACAGUUCUUCCUACAGUAAUAAAGUGGACACUCGGCAUAUUUCCCUGCUUAAAAAUGUUAUUACCACCUCAUGUGGUAAUGUGUUGUGAUGUGCAGAUGAAUUGUAAUAAAAAUAAGUAACACAUUUCUGUGACUAGCCGUGUAAAGGCUUUGUGUUUUGAAUUGAGAUGAGCUUGAAAUGAUUUUCCAGAAGAAAAAGAAAUAUUAUUAUUCAUGAUCUCAAACACGCUCCAGCAUUUCCCCGUUUCAGAUAAAUAAAUCUGUAGAUCAAAUUGCUGCAGAUAAAACUGAUCUCUUUCUUUUUGCACGUUUCUUAAGUGUAUCCAGAUGUUAACUGAGAAUGCGCCUGUGAACCAGGCUCCAACAGAUGUUUGUGUAUCAGUGUGUGAGAAAGACAAAUAUUUUCAGUGCCUAUUUAUGAACAGGUCCAUUGUACUUCUCGCAGGUAGCCUAUGUGAUGUGGCAAAAUACUUGUGCACUCUGUUCGCGUUACUGUAGAUUCUUGUAACGGCUAAAAGUAAAGUAAGUAAUAAAUGUUUAUAUUCAC